GCUGGCCCGGGGGUCAGCGGGGGAACGCAGGCAGCCAGUCAGGCGGCCCGGCAUUCUUUCUCAAUGUGUGUGUGGGUUUGGCCGCAGCCCACUCGGUGCUCUUUGACUCCGCUGGCCUUAUAAGGCAUCCAGAGCCAUGGCAACUGCAGGGCUUGAAUAGCAGUGUCAAAUCCCUCAGCACACAGACACACGCUCACUCUCCCUAAAGGAGGGAGCGCAGCGGAGGGAGAGGAGGCUAUCUCUGCCGUGGCUCGAACAGAAGAGGAGCGCUCUGUGUUUUCGCCUAAUUUAUUCCUGCCAAAGCCGGCUGGAAAAAAAAAAAAAGGGAAAAGGACGAUCAGAGAGGAGCGAGGAGCGCAGCAGUAAAAGCCCGAGUCUCUGACAGCUGAAGCGGGGAGGUUCUGGCCUCUAGAUGUUACUGCAGGAUGGACAAGCUCUGAGAAAACAAGACAACUGAGACAUGACUUUGGGAAAGGGGAGCAGACUGUGACGGAGGAGAUUUCUCAACUCAGCCUUUGUUUUGGCUUGUUUUUUCUCUGACAUUUGAUCCUCUGACCCCAUUGGCUUUGAAGGAGCAGAAGAAAACAGAGUUUCGUCACAGAGGGCAGAGCAGGAGGACGUCUUUGGUGAACUUUGCUGCUCCAGAAACCAGCUGAGUCAGAAGAAAAAGAUAGUUUCCGAAAACAGAAAAGCAAAAGAAUAAAACACUUAUUUCUUUUAGCCAUCUGUGCAUUUCUGAAAAAAGCCUCAGCGUGCGUCUGGACUGGAAGAGCUCAGAUCAGAAGAUAGCACCUCAGCACGGCAGGAACUGGUUGGACGAGUUUAUAAGUUAGAGGAAAGGGCAGGGCAGUUUAACCCUGCCUGAAGGAGAACUGACUGGGUUUUAUUUUUCUAUCACCUGCUGGACGCGCUGAGGGGAAAGUGCUGCCCUGAAACAGAAGAGAGGAGGCAGAUUUUUUCCAAUAUCUGCGUCCCUUUUCAUCAUGCUCAAUCGCAGGUGAGGUAUUUUCUUCUUCCUUUCAUAGCCGGGGUCGGAGAAAGCGGGUGAGAGGGAAGGAGAAAGAGUCAAAGAGUAAUUUAUUGUUUCCUGUGAAAAGAGCAGGGCUGCACCCUUUACUCCUGCCUGAACUCUGAACCACUUAAUGCGCGUCUGAAGUUUCUCUCCGAGCUCAAGAGCCAUUGAUCAGAGGUCAGGGCUGAACAAGAGCAGAGAGAGGGAGAGAGCGGAGGGAUUAAAGAAGGGAGAGGAAAAAUAUCGCAGAGGAAGGACCUCCGGGUCAGGACUGCCAGACGGCGAAAGGGAUAAAGGUCAACGCAGGCGAAUCGGGACAACUUCGUCUCCUGUUUUCAGAUCUUCCAGGACAAAGUUGCUCAAAUUCAAACCAGGCGUCCCAACCUCGGAGUCUGAAGCCAGUUCUUCCAACUUUGAAAGGGGGGCAACGUGAAACCCGGCUGAGACGGCGAAGGGUCCGUGUAUGAUCCUCUCACGGGGCGGCGCGUCUUUGAGAACAUGGCCAUGGUGAGCGGGGGAUGGGGCAACCCCAACGGGGACACCAACGGGCUGGGAGACAAGGCGUACCUGAGGAGGGAGGAGGACAACGACUCGCCGCAGGCCGGCAGCAGCGAUGUGGACGUGGGCGACGAGGACAAGACCUGCGUGGUGGACUGCGUGGUGUGCGGGGACAAGUCCAGCGGGAAGCACUACGGCGUGUUCACCUGCGAGGGCUGCAAGAGCUUCUUCAAGAGGAGCAUCAGGAGGAACCUGAACUACUCCUGCAGAUCGAACAGAGAAUGCCAAAUUGACCAGCAUCACCGUAACCAGUGCCAAUACUGCCGUCUUAAGAAGUGUUUUCGCGUCGGGAUGCGGAAAGAAGCUGUCCAGCGAGGUCGAAUCCCUCCGUCUCACUCAGGUAUCAGUCCGAACUCCCUGUCUGGAGGACCUGGGGGUCCGGGUCACAUCGGGGCGGAAUACUUCAACGGCCAGCCGGUGUCGGAGCUCAUCUCCCAGCUGCUUCGGGCCGAGCCGUACAGCAACAGCCGCUACGGCGCCCCCUACACUCAGGCGCAGAUACAGGCGUCGGCGAGCGGCGCGUCCGUCAUGGGCAUCGACAGCAUCUGUGAGCUGGCCGCCCGCCUCCUCUUCAGCACCAUCGAGUGGGCCAGAAACAUCCCGUACUUUCCAGAACUCCCCGUCUCAGAGCAGGUGGCGCUGCUGAGGCUGAGCUGGAGCGAGCUGUUCAUCCUGAACGCGGCGCAAUCCGCCCUGCCGCUGCACAUGGCGCCCCUGCUGGCCGCCGCCGGCUUCCACUCGUCCCCCAUGUCCGCGGAGCGCGUGGUGUCCUUCAUGGACCAGGUCAGGGUGUUCCAGGACCAGGUGGACAAGCUGAACCGGCUGCAGGUGGACUCCGCCGAGUACAGCUGCCUCAAAGCCAUCGCCCUCUUCUCCCCCGAUGCGUGCGGCCUGUCUGACCCGGCCCAUGUGGAGUCGCUGCAGGAGAAGGCGCAGGUCGCCCUGACCGAGUACGAGCGGCUGACGUACCCCAGCCAGCCUCAGCGCUUCGGACGCUUGCUGCUGCGCCUGCCGGCUCUGCGCGCCGUGCCGGCGAACCUCAUCUCUCAGCUCUUCUUCAUGAGGCUGGUGGGCAAGACGCCCAUCGAGACGCUGAUCCGAGACAUGCAGCUGUCAGGGAGCUCCAUCAGCUGGCCGUACGCGACGGGACAGUGAACGGCCCGCCGGGUCGGAGAGAGACGGGCUGAGGUCAGACUGUAAGGAGGCGUCGCCAUGGAGGCGAGCUAGGGCUGGGCAGCGGGGCUUAAAAAUUAAAUCUACCAUUUUUUUCAUACCAGAUCCGAUUUUACUUGAUUUUUUUUUUUCUUUAAAAAAAAAA